AUGGAGCGUCUCACGCGCCGCGACCGCUCACGCGAUCCCAGCAGCGACGCGGGCAGCGCCACCACCGCCACCACCAGCACCCGACUCCGCAGUCGCCGCUCGCGGGACACCCGCAACGCCACAGCCGAUUCCGCUUCGGAAGACGCCGAUACAGACGCGAGUUCAGUCAGCCACAGCGCCGACGCGUCGAUGCGCCGCCAGCGACGCCGUAAUGCGCCGCGGCUGAUGAAAGAGGACACGAGACGGAGUUCCUCGUGCAACUCGGACAUUGACCGACGCUCGUUGCGGUCCGGGGACGAGGAAGAGAUGGAGCUCGAGGACGAAGACGAGGGCGGGGAAGAGGUGGAGGAGAUGAGGGAGGAGCUCGAGGACGAGAAGAAGCUCGGACGGUCCAUGUCGAUUGUGUCGGCGACGUCGUCGACGUCGACGUCUUCGUUGGCUCUCGAGCCAAUGACCGACGAGCAGCGACGGGAGCGUCUGGACCGACACGUCGCCGAGCUGGAGCAGAAGCGAAAGAUGGUGGAGGACGGAACGCUCGCCGAGUUCUGUCGGCGCGUUGCUGCGUUCAAAGAGGAGCGCAAUCGGCUGCUGCAGACGGCCGAGCUGCACAAGCACCUGCAGCUGAAGAACGGACAGGACCUCUAUCACUUUGAAGUGCAGCGUGCGCACCAUCUGUGGCAGAACGACCGCAAAGUACUCAAAGACGGACUGCUGACCAAGGUGGAUGCUGUCUUGAUGAAGCUACAGAGGGAGAUCAAGGCGCUGUCUGAGCUCGAAGCAGCGGGUGUAGAUACUCGCUUAACGUCUCGGCCAAAACGGGCUGGGAGUACGACAUGCACGGAACCGCCCGUCAGUGUUGUUCAGGAUCAGGUUGUGUCGAAAUACAAAACGGAGAAAGGGUCCGAGCACGAGGAAGGCGAAGUGGUUGAGCCACCACUACCUUGUACGAAAAAAGAAGCAGUGGUUGCUAAGCGACGCAAGAUGAACCCGACAACGACUGCAGAUUUCGAAGAUGCGCCGCAGCUGCUCGCGGUAGAGGUAGUUCGUUCGCCGUUCGACGAUGUCAGUUCCGACAUUGCGACAGUCGUGGGGGAUUGGAAGAAGACGGCACAAUCGAUGGUGGCGUGUUUGCCGAACGAGGGCAAGCAGCCCUUCAAGCUUGAGCGACGACGACUGUUUUGCGGCAACUACAUCUUCGAAGACGGUGACGAAGUGCAUGUUGCAAUGCCGCUCGUACAUGAGGACUGCACGGGCACCAUUUCGUCCAUUACCGACGAUGCAAUCUACAUCAAACUGGCGUCGGGCCAAAAGGCACGCAUCUUCCUGCCGCAUCUCGAGCGUCGACGUUGUGAGCUCAAACCGCUGUUGCGUGCCAAACCACUCACAGGCAGUUCGCACAGCAUGGGUUGGUCCGAGAAUGAUACGUUUUACUAA